AUGUUUAGAAAAUUAAUUUCAGAAGACAAUGUGAUAAGACGUCGUGCCGGACUUUAUGGUAUUUCUGUGAUUACUGUGUCUCUGUACUCCAAGGCUACAUGCGAUGCUAUGUUCAAUAUCAUAAAAAUUUGCAAAGAUGCUAUUCUGCAUGAUAAGCAGUUCUUUGAGAUUUUUGAUGAGAUUAUCGACCUCAUUCAAGAUUUUCACAGUGAGAUUAAAGACUGGGCUAAAAAGGUUGACGAUCUGCUUAAAGAUGCAGUUUACUCUUCAUUAAGCAGAAAUUCUCAGUUUGACUUAGAUUAGCUAAUCAAGCAUAUUUGUGAGAAAUUAACUUUUUCACAGAGCAAUGAAGUGAUUAUUGUAUUGAUUAAAUGGAUUGAAGUGCUGUACUCAAUAUCUAACGUCAAUAUUCUUCAGAGUGUUCCUAAGUUUUUAGAGAAAUUGUUGAUUAAUAUUGACAAUAAAGGAGGAAACAGUCAUAAGAAUUCUGAUCAUAACAAUAAAGAUGUGUGUCGUAAAUCUCAUGAACAACUGGGUAGAUUUUUAGGAGAGUUUAAGAACUAUGAACGUAGAACUGUCUAACUAGAUAAGAAAAUAAUCAAUAAGCUAUUGAAAUUUUUACUUAAAAAUCAAAAGGACAAGUUAGUCUCCUCUAAUUUAAUGCCUUAGGAGGGGAGUAAACUAGAAGCACUCUUCUGGUUGAGGGACUUUUUAACAUUCUUUAAAACUGAUUUUUCAAGAUGGCAAGUUGAGGAGCAAAUGAUGAUUUAACAAAAUCAAAUAAGAUAGAAAUAGUAUGAAGAGUAAAAACUCUAGACUCAAAAUUCAGGCCAGUCUUUGAAAGUUCAGGAAGAGGAGAAGAGUGAUCCUGCUAACAGAUCACUAAUGACUCCAUUAGAUGACAGCAUGAUGUAAGAGCAAAGCGCAUCGAGGAAGUUUAUUGAGAAAAUCUUCUAAAAGAUAUUUCCAAGAAUUAUAGAGGUCAUCUUGAAAUACUCUAGUUGGUAGAAGUAGGAUUGCCAGUAAACUAUUUAAGAGAUAAAUGAUUAGCUACUCGAGUUGGUUUUAGGAACUAUGAUCAAUAAAAGUGAGUUUCAAAAUAUAUUCGGAGAAUUAAAAAAAUAAUUCAAAGAAAGUUAGACAUUAGUGAAUAAAGUGCUUGAGUUGCUCUGUAUGCUAUCUAAAAAGAAUGAGAAAUAUCUGAAGAAGAUUAUUAAAAAGCUGAUUGAGAGAUUCUCAGGUUUAAAGGAUAUGAAUCAGGACAAGAUGAAUCAAGUCAUAUAUGUUCUCUGUCAAUCAAUAAAAUCCGAGAAGGUGUUCCUUGAGUUCGCAAAUAUUCUAAAAGAUAUUCCAGAUUUAUACUUCGUUCAGGAUAUGAUUGAGACUCUCACUAUAACAAUAGCUGCUGAUCACAACUACGAAGGAUUUAGAAACAAACUAAGAGGGAAAAAAGGUACUGAGUUUGUAUAAUCCAAGGAACAACUGUUCUAUAAUCUAUACAAAACAUGGUGUUACAGUCCUAUCUCAACUUUAACUCUAUGUUUAAUGAGCAGAAAUUACGAACUAGCUUAUAACUUGAUCUAAAGAUUUACGAUGAUUGAACUUGAUACAACCAGAUAAAUAUAACUAGGAAAUCUAGUAUAUCUACUGGAGUCACCUUCAUUUUGCAGUAACUUAAUACUUAUUGAUUAAUUUUUAGAUUUGAGAAUCGAACUAAUGAGAUAGGACAGAUAGACUUAAUAUUUACUGAAGACACUCCAAGGCAUUCUUAUGAUAUUACCUAUCUCUAAAUCUUUCUAAUCUUUAAAGACAAGACUUGAAUGCAUAAAUGUGGCUACAUUCGAGUUGCCUCUCGCUUAGAAUUAAUAAGCAUCUGACUUCUUCGGUGAGGAUUACUCUGGCUUGGAAAUCAAUGAAUGCCUUAAGUGCUUUGAUGAUAAGCUCGAGUAAAUUCAAGAAUUCUAUAAAAACAGGGAAGAGGAAAUGCGAAAGUAAAAGCAAUAGAUGCAGGGCAAAAACUAUCAGGAUCCAAAUAAUAACAACAACAUAAAUGGGCAUUAGAAUCAAAUAAAUGGCGGCCAGUAUGGACAAUAAAACUACAAUGGCAUGCUAGCACCUAGCAUGUCAGUUCCAAUUGUCAGUAGUAAUCCACUGAAAUACUCAUAAUGA